UAAAGAAUUGAAGUAGAAAAGGAACAAUAUCAUUUUAUUAUUUAUGCUUUUUUAAAUGUCCACAGCGUGUCCUGGUAAUUGUGACAGUAAUACAUGUGAGAUGAAGACGGGGUUAUGUUACACUGGCUGCAAGAGAGGCUUCCAUGGGAGAUGGUGUCGAGAAGAAUGCCCCUUGAAAUGUAUCAAAUGCGACCAGCUUACAGCCGUGUGUACUGGCGGAUGUGAGGACCGGCUUUGGGGAGAGAAUUGUCAGUUUCGUUGCCCAGUGAAUUGCAGAAUAAAUACCAGCUGUAACCUCGAAGAUGGAGAGUGCAAAGACGGAUGCAAUAUAGGAUUUCAUGGUGCCAAUUGUUCAGAAACCUGCAGUAAAGGAUGUGUUAAAUGCAACAGUGAUAACGGCUGGUGUAUCGGAGAUUGUGUUGUAGGUUAUUUCGGUAAUCUCACCUGCGAAGAAAACUGCUCUCCCAAUUGCGAUAACCAGGAAUGCGCUAAACGGACUGGUGAAUGUUUGUUUGGUUGUAACGCCGGUUUCCACUCAAAAACAUGCCAGUUAGCCUGUAGUACUGGCUGUGCAGACGAUCGAAGUUGUGACCAGGAUUCUGCACAAUGUCUAUCAGGUUGCAUCAACGGUUACUUUGGAGCGGAUUGCAACAGCAGUAAGUUAAGCAUGCGUAUGACAGAGUAUGUAACUAGUGUGCAGCCAUAUCUCGAGUUCAUUAAAACUGGCAAAGGCCUUUCUUCUUUGGAAGAAGCACCAGCUUAUGAUGAAGAGACUGUCAAAAGAAACGAUGCUCAAUCAACAUCAAAGAAUGGACAGGCCUGUCAAUGA